AUGGCAUUCGGUAUGCCUCAAUUCACGCCCCCCCAACUCAAGCCCGGCGAAGUCGCAUACAUAACCAAGGGGAAACAGAUCGGAUGGGGCGUGACUGCGCGGCUCGAACGCCUGCCCUCCGGCGACGUGGUCAAGACGCCCCUACCUGAUCUAGACCAGCGCUAUUUCGAAGCGCACUGUCAAGACAUGAGGCUCGAGGCUCGUAUCUACGAUGCCGUUGGUUUGCAUCCCCGUAUCUCAGGGAUUGUCUCCUGGGAUCUGAAGACCUGCUGCCUUACGAUGGAGUACCUCGAGAAUGGCAUGCUGAAGGAUUACAUCACUACGAAUUCGGAGAGCUUGACGCCCCAGUUACGGCAGCGGUGGGCGAAGCAGGCAAGUGAGGGGUUAAGCGUACUGCAAGCUGCGGGCGUUAUACACUGCGAUAUCUCGCCGCGGAACUUUCUGCUUGACGGUGAUCUUCACCUGAAAAUUGCGGACUUUGAGGGGGGAUCUCUAGCUAGAUCUGCGGCGUCUGCUGUUGCAGGGACGCCGUUCCGAUAUCCGGUUUCUGACUGGGAUGCGCCUCCUAGGUUUGAAGAAGAUGUGUUUGGUCUUGGCUCGCUGAUCUACUUCAUCAUGACAGACGCAUAUCCCUACAAAGAUACCCCUAGCAAUGAGGUCGAGGAGCUAUAUGGAUCACGCACCUUCCCUGAUGUAACGGAAAUUGCUUGUGGGGAUAUUAUCACGCGCUGCUGGGGGAUGCAGGUUAGUGCAGCUGAAGUGCACGCUUACUUUGAGGCUCUCGACGGAUAA